CUAGCUGGAUAGCUAAGCUAGCCAAUCUGCCAGAUAAUCUUGUAGAUAUAAUAUAGCCCCCGUUCAGCACAUUGACCGAACCUAACUUUAGGUAUAAAAGAGUUUAUUGGAAUCAUCGACUCCAGCUGCUUUAGCGACUUUAGCUUCUAGUCUGUUCGCUGCGUGGCCUAAAUUAUAGGCUGAAACACCGAAUUUUCUUUUGAAUCUGUUCAGUCUACAAGCUAGCUAACCUAGUAACAUUAACGCUAGCUCCACAGCCACCAUGGCUGAAUUUGGGUUUAAUGAACACCAUCAGAACGAAGUCAUCAAUUACAUGCGAUUUGCACGUUCAAAAAGGGUGCUGAGACUAAAGACUAUUGACUCAUGCUUUGAAGAACUCAAAGACAGCAGGCUGGUGGAUGAAACCUUCACAGUGGACGAAGUGAGGGAGAUGCUGGAUGGCCUGCAGGUGGUGGUGCGUGGGGAGGUGGAGAUGGAGCUCAUCAACACAGCCCACACCAAUGUGCUGCUGCUCAGGCAGCUCUUCUCACAAGCUGAGAAGUUUUACCUUCGACUGCAGAGUGAUAUCUCAGAGCUGGAGAACAGGGAGCUGCUGGAACAAGUGGCUGAAUUUGAGAAGACUGACUUUAAAACCACUGAUAAGAUAAACCAGGAAACAAGCAAACCCAAGCUAGCACCCCUGAAUGAAGGUGGGGUGUCUGAACUUCUUAACAAGGAGAUAGCAAGACUACAGGAGGAAAAUGAUAAACUGAAAGCUAGGCUGCGGACUUUAGAAUCCCAGGCAAUGAGUGCACUCGAUGAGAAAACCAAGGCAGAGAGGGCUCUGAAAGACCUCCAGAAGGUGCAAGGUGAACAGCAGCUGGCUGCCCAAUCCAAGGAGAUCAGCAGUCUUGAGGACACAGUUGCAGCUCUGAGGGAGGACUACGAAAGGUCUCUUAGUGCCAAGGCUGUCUCCCAGAAAGAUCUGCAGGAAAACCUGAUUGCUUCCAAACACGAGCUUCUGCGAGUGCAGGAGCAGCUGGCCUUGGCAGAGAAGGAGUUGGAGAAGAAGUUCCAGCAAACUGCGGCUUACCGUAACAUGAAGGAGAUACUAACCAAGAAGAAUGAGCAGAUCAAAGAAAUCAGAAAACGAUUGCAGAGAUAUGAGCCCAAUGAAUGAGUUCCACACAAGACAGCUGGUUAAACAGGUGUCCAGAGGGUGAGACAGGAAAAUUUAUGACUGUGGUUUGGACAAGAAACCAUCGGUUCCACUGCUGUAAGACAAGAGAGACAGAAAAAGCACUUCCACGGGGAACUGUUUAUUCAUGCUUUAUCUGGCAUCUUCAGUAGCUAUUGGCUUUAGUAAAGAGCGAGCGCGGCGAGGUUGGCAGUACAUACAGCUGAACACGCAAAUGAAGUAGUGACAAAUGAUAGCCUCCUUCAGCUGUGCUUUUUUUCUGCGUCUCAAUUUGGAGCUCACUUACAGUAGCUAGCACACUUCCCUCAGUGCUCUAUGCAAUUACCAUCACGUCCCUGUUUGAAGAGGCCUUGUCUAUUUGCUGAAUUGGACAGAUACUUACUGUCUGCCUGAAGCUUUGCAGUCUUAUCUAUCAGUUGGUUUUAGGUAAUAUUUUGCUUUCUAGCACCGGGCAAUCUGUUACUGGUACGUUGCUCAUCGGUCUUAAUUUUUACCAUUCCCUUUUUUAGUCGAACACCAUUAAGUUAGACUUAGUUUGGUUAUUAAUAGUGAACAGCUUGAAAGUCAUUCAAAUUCUUCGGUUUCCUGAGCCUUUGAGGUCAACCCUGCUUUAAUUUGUUACCUAAACACCUUAUAGCAUUUCACACAGAAAUAUUUCCAAUGAUGCGACAUUCUGUGAAAGUCUAAUUAUUGAAAAUAUACCAAAUGUCUUGCAUCGACUUUUUUUGCUCUUGCAUAUUGAGUGACAUGGAUAGUGAUGUAGAUUGUUUUCCCUACUUCCCUACACAAAGGGCAUAGAAUAUUUUUGUCUGAAAUCUUUAACUGUGUACUUUUUCGUAUUGCUGUGGGUGAUGGAGUGUAAGAGAAAAAAGACAUAUAUAUACAUGAUGUUCAUGAAGUAAUGCUCUUGUAGAGUAUGAUACAUCUGCCCAAUAUUACACUAGAUGUGCAUUGUUUGUAUUGUGCAAAGUAUGAGGUAAUAAAAGCUA